AUGAAUGGGGACCUGAGCCUUUCUCAGGCUUUGGGCGGACUGCGCAUCGCCAAUCCUGACGAUGCUGCUGAGGCUGUUAACUCAUCUUCGAAUUCUCCUCCUGGGCCCGACUCGACUGCUCAGAAUACGUCUAUCUCCGCCUCAACUUCAACAUCAGCCCUCCCCUCUACGCCUCAACCGACAACCACAUCCACCACGCCCUCAUCCUAUGAUGCAAUCCGCCUCGACCCUAUAGAUGCCGGCGUCGAAACCUCACUUACCGAUCCUCGUCUUACCCCAUCCGCUCAACCUUCCGACCCUACUUCCGAUCCAAGCCCCUCCGUAAAUCAUCCGCAGCCAUCUCAAAUCGAGCCGUCGAGGUCCUCCGUUUACGGCAUUUCCAGUGCGCCAGAACCAGGCCCAAACCACUCAUAUCCUGUGAGAGAGUCCAGCCGACGAGACCCCCACCGCUUCAACAACUCAAGCCGACCAGUAUCAGGUUUAAUGUCUGGUGGCAGCCCAUUGCCCCCUCGAAGGAGCUCAAGAGGUAUGGGGGUUGGCUAUGCAUCUGGUCCAGGCGGACCACAGCAGAACCAGCCUUACGCAGGUGACGCGCCGGUCCCAAACAGUAGAGAGGACUGGCAGGAGCGUGGAGCGGCUGUUGGGGUCCGCAGAGAGGUUGAUGCAAAUGGACGUACCGUUGUCCGCCAGGUCAAAAAGGGUGUCCGCGACUUUUCCUUCGGGCGUGUUCUUGGCGAGGGCUCCUAUAGUACAGUCUACAUGGCGACAGAUCGCCAAACCCUCAAAGAAUACGCCGUGAAGGUGCUCGAAAAGAGGCAUAUCAUCAAGGAGAAGAAGAUCAAAUAUGUCAACAUCGAAAAGAACACACUAAACCGACUUACUGAGCACCCCGGAAUUGUCCGGCUAUACUAUACAUUUCAGGACGAGACAUCACUCUACUACGUCCUCGAUCUGUGCAAUGGCGGAGAGCUCUUGGGUGUUUUGAAGAAGACAGGCACCUUCGAUAUUGAAUGCACCAGGUUCUAUGGUGCACAAAUUCUCGACGCCAUUGACUACAUGCAUUCUCGGGGUGUCAUUCAUCGAGAUCUAAAACCCGAAAACGUUUUGUUGGAUGACCAGAUGCACGUCAAAAUUACGGACUUUGGAACUGCUAAACUGCUCAGAGAUCCACGCGAAGACCCUUCAGCCGCAUCAGCCAGCGGUGCGCCAGAUCCUGGAAAGGACGAUGACAGUCGUGCAGCAUCAUUUGUCGGUACCGCUGAAUAUGUGAGCCCUGAGCUUCUCACACACAAGAACGCCUGUAAGGCUAGCGACUUGUGGGCUUUCGGCUGCAUUGUGUACCAGCUUUUGGCUGGCCGACCUCCUUUCAAGGGAGGCAGUGAGUAUCUCACAUUUCAGAAGAUUGUAAAUCUUGAAUACGAAUUCCCCCCUGGCUUUCCACCAGCAGCCAGAGACCUCGUGGAGCGGUGUUUGGUCCUUGAACCAGCCAGACGUCUCACGGUCGAGCACAUUAAAAACCAUGAAUUCUUCGAUGGACAUCCAUUCGGGAAAGGACUCUGGAGGACCAAGGCACCCCGUCUCCGCCCAUAUAUACCGCCCCCCCAGGAACCUCAAGUUAUUCAGCUCAACGGCUUUUCCACCUCGUCUAACACCAGGCCUCCACAGCAAUCCCAAGCCAUUCCUUCCAACGGGAACAAUCGACCAUCGAGAAUAAUAACUGAACUCCCCCCCCCGACACAGCUUGACAUUGAAUGGUCGCCCGUUUUGACUAAGAAUAACGAGCGCAUUCUCAAGUUGGGCGAUCUCAUGGUGGUCUCGACGCCUUUACCUUCAAGUCCCCACGGAAAAGAACCAGGAGAAGGACAUAAGAAGUUGUCUCGUUUCUUUAUCGGCAGCACUACUAAGAAGCGUCAGCGCCUGGUAAUGAUCACAUCUAGCGGCCGAAUUGUCCUUGCUCCUGCUGGCGGAGAGGAGAAAAGAGCGAAGCAGGAGUUGUCUCUACUUGGCUCAGAUUGCACCUGGAAGACCCAGGUGGACGCGAAGGGUCAAAUGGUGUGGUGUGUCAAUACAGGCGGCCACCACUACACAUUUGAAGAGGCCAAGUCCUCAUCCACACCUCAAGAAGGUGGCUCCGCUGCCGCUGACUGGGUUGAAUGUCUCGAGAGGGCAAGGGACAUGGCACUGUCUCAGAACAUGACUACCUCUUAUGGUGGUGAUAGUGGAUUUGCCGACAUGUCGUCUCAGGUUUCAAGUCCAUCAAGUACUUUGGGGGGCCCAGGGAACUAUUCAGAUGGUUUCGGGCUCAGUGACCGACAGGGACGAAACCACCUGAGUAAGAAUCAGGGGAACAGUGAAGAUCCCGCGCCAAAACGCAACCGCUUCAGCAAGAGACAAUCGAGGAACGGGCUAGGAUCUGCAUUCUAA